UCCCCUAAUUACGGUGGUAGGGGAAAAAAAACAGAAAUCUAGGUUAAUUUUGACCCCGUCACCUCCCCUCUAUUUAAACAACCGAACCAACUGAGUUUCUUUUCCACACCAACUCUUCUUCUCUUCCUUUACUUCGUCUUCUCUCACUCUCCGGUCUUCCCUCCAGUUCUCCGGUCAGCCAUGGCUUCCCUCAACGAUCUCGUCAACCUCAAUCUCUCCGAUACCACCGAGAAGAUCAUCGCCGAGUACAUCUGGGUUGGUGGAUCUGGUAUGGACCUGAGGAGCAAAGCCAGGACUCUGCCCAAGCCAGUGACCAAACCGUCUGAGCUACCAAAGUGGAACUACGACGGCAGCUCCACCAACCAAGCUCCCGGCGAUGACAGCGAAGUCAUCCUCUAUCCACAAGCGAUCUUCAAGGAUCCCUUCAGAAAGGGAAACAACAUCCUGGUCAUGUGCGAUACUUAUACCCCGGCCGGCGAGCCAAUCCCAACAAACAAGAGGGCCGCUGCUGCCAAGAUCUUCAGCCACCCCGACGUUGAAGCCGAGGUCCCAUGGUACGGGAUCGAGCAGGAGUACACCCUUCUGACCAGGAGCAACUGGCCUCUUGGCUGGCCGGCCGGCGGGUUCCCUGGACCCCAGGGACCUUACUACUGUGGAAUUGGAGCUGACAAGGCAUUCGGAAGGGACAUCGUUGACUCUCACUACAAGGCCUGCUUGUACGCCGGGAUCAACAUCAGUGGGAUCAACGGCGAGGUCAUGCCCGGGCAGUGGGAGUUCCAGGUUGGACCUUCUGUUGGCAUUUCUGCUGGUGAUGAGGUGUGGGUCGCUCGUUACAUCCUCGAGAGGAUUACUGAAGUCGCUGGAGUAGUUGUCAGCUUUGACCCUAAACCAAUUCCUGGUGACUGGAACGGUGCUGGUGCUCACACUAACUACAGCACCAAGUCGAUGAGGGAAGACGGUGGGAUUGAUGUGAUCAAGGCAGCGAUCAAGAAGUUGGAAGCCCGCCACAGCGAGCACAUCGCUGCUUAUGGCGAGGGUAACGAGAGACGAUUGACAGGCCACCAUGAGACCGCCAACAUCAACAAAUUCACCUGGGGUGUGGCUAACAGGGGAGCCUCCGUUCGUAUUGGUCGCGACACCGAGAAGGAUGGAAAGGGUUACUUCGAGGACAGAAGGCCGGCCUCCAACAUGGAUCCCUACGUCGUCACAUCCAUGAUCGCCGAGACCACCAUUCUGUUGGACCUUUGAAAAGAACACUGAUGAACUUAAGGAGAAGAGGAAGAGCAGAAAGGGCAUGUUUUACAUUUGGUAUAUUUGUUUCUAAAAUUGACGAAUGAAAAACAAACUGCUCUCUGCUACUGAUAUUUGCUCCUUUGCUGCGCUUUCCUCUAUGUUGUACGAUGAUUGUUCUCUAUGGUUGGUUGAUCAUUUUCUGAUUUCGAGUCGGGUCGGGUGGUCAGUUUUAGUAUCCUGGUUUGGUUUCGUCAGCUGGAUUGUUUUCGAGUUGUUCUGUUCUGCUUUUCAGCAAGCAACCUUUGUCUAUUUCUCCAAUAAUAAGAAUCAGCUUGUUUUUCUUUCCUAAACACCUCCAUUGUCGACGUCAUAUUAUUCGUGAAAUGAAUCAACCAUAACCUCGUCCCA